AUGCAUAUGGAUUCCUUGCAAGAAACAUGGUCUCCAUUCUCUCUGGAUUCAAUGCUGGAGGAUGAUGAUUUGAUGAACUUUAUUCAAACUGAUUUGGAGAAGAACUACAGCAACUCUAUGGAUCAACCAACAACAAAUCAGUUAUUACCUUGUUCCUUUUCCAACCCUGCUGAUAUACCUUCAUCUGAAGAAACUGCCCCUUUUAAGAAUAUGGAUUUCUCCGGAAGCAGCAGCAGCAGUUCUUCUUCAUCUUCUUCCACGGAAGAACUGCAACUAUGGGAUGAUGAUGAUCAGUGUAACUUUGGUACACUCAUGAAUGAUAGUCCAUUAAUGCCUGUUAAGAAAAUUACCAGGACGCCAUUACAAGCCAAAUCUCAUGUUAUAGCAGAAAGAAAGAGGCGAGAAAAGCUGUUGAAGCGAUUUAAGGAUUUGUCAGACUUGAUUCCUGGCCUAAAAAAGUCGGAUAAGAUGUCGAUCAUCGAUGGAGCUAUCAAUAGCUUGAAAGAAUACGACCGACAGAUCAAGGAUCUAACACAAAAGCUUGACGAAGAGAGAAGAAAAUGGAAGGAGGGUGUAGAACAUGUUGAUGAUGUUGAUGAUGAUGCUAAGGAAAAUCCUUGUCUUUACGGUGAUGCUGAUUUUGAGGUGGAUUGUCACCAGUUGAAAAGAAGGAAACUUCAAAACUAAGUGGCGGUUGAAGUCAACACUUCCAACAAAAUUUGAUUCCGAAGAACAUGUUCCCGAUUGAGUUUGCGAAGCUUUAUUUAUGCGCGAUUUUAUAUCUUUUAUGUUGGUGACAAAGACCAAGUUGUUUUUUCUUUCUUUCCUUCUUUUUGUUUUUUAAACUUGAAUAGUAGUAAGUGC